AUGGCCGACGACAAUCCAGCCGCUUCGAACGACCCAAACAUUCACCAGGCCGGCUAUUACCCUGCCACGGAUCACUCGAUCCCAUACCAGUCACAAUGGUCUCGGAUCCACGACGACGAAGCGACCAAGGCGACAUUGCGGCACUUGGGGUGUAACUACAUGGGCACAGAGGGUUGUCCGCCAACCCUCAUAGCGCUGAAGCGGCACGCGCAGUCCCUGGCCAUUCUCAUUGCUCACCUCAGCCCGAGCGUGAGGACUGGGAAAGUCGACGGAAACCCGAUCUUCGAUGGGAGACAGCCUGCGCAGGCUGAUGGAAAUGGCCUCCUUUCUUACGGCCAAACCGUGAAUGGGCGACUCGAACUGAACGAUGCUUUUGACUGGCUCGCAGACCUGUCACAACCGUACAACAAUGAUGACCCUAAUCACCACAAGCCACUCAACAUCCUUUCCAAUGAGGUCGCCGGUCGGCACGAAGUCCUGGGCACUGACUUCCACUGCCCGCUUACCCGAGUCACACCGCGCGAGAAGCAAGAGCAGCGGGGCAACCCAUACCAGGCGGACGUCUCCCGGACGCCAUACGCCAACCACCACCUGCUGGCCAUGCACGCGAACGCUUGCCUGGAGCACCUAGACCACGAGUUCAGCGCCACGGGCGGCAUCCUAAGCCUGAUCCCCGAGGAGGGCCGGGGCGCCAACACGGAAGAGCUCAAGGCGGCACAGAAUUCACUGCUUGGCCAGCUGCUCCUGUACGUGCAGAGCCUGGCGCUGCGCAACCACGAACAGGACAUGACCAACGCGAAGCUGACGGACGCGUUGGCGGGCGAGGCGGUGGUGCCGAUGCAGCACCUGUCGGUGCUCGGGCCGGACGGGCGGUCGGGGCGAGAGAUCGCGUACCCGCAGGACCGCUGGGUGCUGGUCAACGCGGGCGACGACGUGUGGGCGCACCUGCACGACGCGCUGGACCGCGAGGAGUCGGCGCUCGAGGCCAGGGAGCAGGCGUGGACGGAGGGCGACGAGGGCGUGGGCGGGGACAGCGUGUGGCGCAACGAGCGCAACGACGACCGCCACGCGCGCGGCGUCGUGGUGGUGGACUGCGGCACGCGGUUCUACCGGCUGCAGGGCCAGGGCCGCAGCACCAUCUUCGUGCUGCCGGCCUUCACGAGCUGCCCGGCCACCGAGUGGAGCCGGAGCAUGGACCGGUACAGCAAGGCCACGGUCGUCGGCACGGUGGCGGCCAGGAGCCUGCCGCGGACGACCAACUACGAGAAGAGGUGGAACACCCGGUACGCGGACGCGGAUAGGAGGGGGGCUGACCACCAGCAGCUCCGGGUCAAGAGCCAACGCGAUGAGGCUACCAUCAGCAACAUAAGGGCUGAGCUAGACAGGCAGCUGAUCGCGCAACGGAAUAUGGCUGAGCAGCUUUCCCAGUACACGAACCGCGCACCUGGCGAAGGCGAAGCAAAUAACCGCGACCUCAUUGUGUCUCUUAACACACAGAUCGCGAACCUGCAACAGGCAGCGCAACAACCACACCAUUCUCCUCCGGCUCCGGGUUCGCAUAUUGGUACUCCCGCGACGCACUUUUCUACUCCCGCAUCGCAUUUUGCUACUCCACCUACGCAGUUUGCUACUGGCGCUGGCAGUGCUGGCAGUGCUGGCAGCGGCGGGGAUGCCGCGAUGAGUGGAGCGAACGGGCCAUAG